AACUUUGCGAGUAUGAAGAUGUUGAUUGCGCGACUGGCGUUUUUAAUCUGCAUUCUGGGCUGUGUGGCUGGACUCCAGAAACUGGACUCCACUGCCAGUUCCACGAAUACUGUCAGGUCUUGUCAGCCAAGUGGAGGAUAUUGUCGGUUGCAUGUGGAUUGCUGUUCGGGAAUGUGCAUUCAGGUGUCAGCAGAGUGUCGUUAGAAGAAAUCGGCCACCUAAUGUUUGGAGUUUGUUAUAAUAAAACAUACAUAAAUAAUUA